AGCCAGGCCAGCCCCGCGGGGGAGGGAGACGGAGGCGGGGCUGGAGCCGGGCGGCGCUGUCAGUGCGGAGCUGAGCGGAAUGCAGCGGCCCGAGGCCUGGCCACGUCCGCACCCAGGGGAGGGGGCCGCAACGGAGGCGGCGGCGGCGGCCCGGGGGGGAAUGGCGCCGGGGGCCGGGGCCACGGAGCCCCCGGGGCUGCGGUUGCAGGAACCAUCUCUCUACACUGUCAAAGCAGUUUUCAUCCUGGAUAAUGAUGGACAUCGGCUUCUGGCCAAGUAUUAUGACGACACAUUCCCCUCCAUAAAGGAGCAGAAGGCCUUUGAGAAAAAUGUCUUCAACAAGACCAAUAGGACUGAUAGUGAGAUUGCCUUUUUUGGGGGCAUGACCAUUGUCUACAAGAGCAGCAUUGACCUUUUCCUGUAUGUCGUAGGCUCAUCCCAGGAGAAUGAGCUGAUGCUCAUGUCUGUCCUCACCUGCCUGUUUGAUUCCCUGAACCAUGUGUUACGGAGGAACAUAGAGAAACGCUCAUUGGUGGAGAACAUGGAUGGAGCCUUCCUGGUGGUGGAUGAGAUUGUGGAUGGAGGUGUAAUCCUGGAGAAUGAUCCCCAGCAGGUGAUCCAGAAAGUAAACUUCAGGUACCCACUACCAAGAAGGCUGGAGCCUUCCUUCCCGAGGCAUUCUGGUCCUUGACUUGGCUCCCAGGAGUUGGCCGGAUUUGGGGCUGCCGGGAACUGAACAGAGAGAAGGACAGGUUUCCUAGAAAAAAGGAUGGGGAAGAUGUAAUAAAAGAGAAAGCUCAUUGCCCUCUUAGACCUUGGGCUCCCCCACCUCCCCCCACCCCUACACUCUCACCCACUUACCCCAGCCCCUUUGGAUCCCUAAGCACUCGAUCCUCAUUACUAUGAGGAUCUUUGCUCUUUGCCAAAGAAGUAAACCAUGUCCGCUAAGAAAAAUAUUGAGUUAUAAUAGGAAAUGUACUAGAUUUGAAUCCAGAUUAGAGAUAUCAAAACAUGUAGCUGUCACAUUAGACCGGACUGGGGACCAGAUUAAAAUGUAAUUGGGGAAUAUUUACCAAAAUAAAUAAAAAUACAAUAAAACAUAAAUAAUGUUACAUUUGAAAA